AUGCUCCGCCGUUGUCUUUACACCACCUGGAAUAUUCUUUCUAGGUCUGAGCGUUUUCUUAGUAGUUUGGUAAUUGUGGAACACUCAAAUGACAAAAUAGAAGCGAUCACAAAGAGUGCGAUUUCUGCUGCCACUAAAUUCGGCACCGUGGUCUGUGUGGUUGGAGGUUACAAAUGCAAGAAGGCGGCUGAAGAAGUGUCAAAAGUGGAUGGUGUGACCAAAGUGCUUCUUGCCGAUCAAGAAAAUUAUAUGGUGAGUACUCCAAUGUUCUGCGAUUGUAUACUAUCUAUCUUAGCGGAGGUGCGUGUACCUUUGGAGAUAAUUAUUUAUUAUUUAUUAAUUUAUUUUGUUGAUUUAAUAUUAUUUGGUGGAGAGUGA